AAUUGAUUCAAUGACCGUGAUGCUUCUGAUCAACACCAUUUUCUUCAAUGGAACCUGGAGAUUUCCCUUCCCCAAGUACAGAACGUUUAGACGUCCUUUUUAUAGUUUGGAUGGGGGAAUCAGCUCGGUCGACAUGAUGAGCGAUGACAUGACCAUUAAAUACAAGAAAGAUAACUCUAUUGGGAUAGAGGUAGUCGAGUUGCCCUUCAAUGGUGAAAGAUUCCAUUUUUACAUAGCUCUACCAGAGGAGGUGAAUGGUAUCACAGAUUUAGAAAAAUUUCUAGCAACGCCAGGAAAGGUCGAUACACUGUUCGGUGGACUUAGCUCUGAACACUUAGAUGUCAGCAUUCCAAAGUUCAAGACUGAGACAACUUUAUACCUGGUUCAACCUCUGAAAGAUAUCGGCAUGGUGGAGGCUUUCAUACCUGGUUACGCCGACUUUACUGGAAUCAGAAGAAAAGGUGAAGUUUUUAUCAGCCAGGUCAUUCACAAGGCUAUCAUUGACGUCAAAGAAACAGGAACUGUCGCUGCUGCAGCUACAGCUGUGCAAGUGAGAAAGCAAGUGAGAAUGGCCUCUGUACCGAAUACAAGAUUUGUCGCGGACCAUCCUUUCCUCUUCUUUAUUAGAGACGAAUUGACCCAACAAAUUUUGUUUCAAGGAAAAUUUUCCGGAUAA